AUGCUCGACGGGCUAAAAUGCAGUCGGUCACUGACGGACGAUCGACGCCUGUACACGCCCCCGUUCGAUCAUUCUGGAAGCCUCUUUGACGAUAACCAUUCGCCAUCGCUGCGUGACCAUAACCACAUGCGGGUCGUUUUGGACACUGUCGGGAUACCUCCGAGUCUCGACCAAUUCCCAAGCACGAAGGUUCUCAUCGAGGCGAUACGUGAGGCUGUCGACGGUCAUCGGUUUGCUUUUCGCACUGGGGUAUGGCAGCGGGAUAGUAUUGGCACGGGCAACGUCCUCGUCUUGCCGCCACUGGAAAAUGCACCGAUCAAAGGAUUCGUAUGCGAUCUCUAUUGCAGUAGCUUCGUCGACACCAACAAGGAUGCUGUUGAUAACUUGAAUGACCUCAAAGAGCGAACGGAUACAUACCAUUACUUGGCGUGUGAGCUUUUAGACUCAUUCAAGGCCGUUGUUCAUUGCAUACAGCACGAUCUCGAAUCGUUCUACUGGCUUGUCCUUUGGAUCGUCCUACGCCAUACAGACCAUGCGCAUCCCAAGGGUGCGGCUGCUUGCGACAGAAUAUUUAGUGGUGAAGACGAAGCUGCUAGCAAGAAUAGCAAGAUAGCCUGGCUUGCGACGGGAACACUUACGAUCCGCAGUAACAAGCCUCUCACUGACCUCGUUACUGCGCUGACGGCCCUGGCCGAGGCCUCCGUGAAACGGAACAUGGGGAGGAUCCAAUCGGCCGAGUCUCUGUCCCAUGAAGUGUUCAUACGGGUCCUCGAUGAUGCUUUGGAAGCCGAAGGCUGGCCAGAGGGCGACAAGGCUCGCACGUUCGUAGUGCCGCAUGUCAACGCGAACGGCGAUGUUGAUCGGACUCGGACAGGAAGCAAACGCCAUCAGCAAAAGCAGAAAAAUGCGGUGUGCCCUGCCGACACUUGCCAGGAUCUGACGCACCGGGAAGGUAAUGCAAGGCUGAUGUAA